CUCUCUCUCGAUGCGGUCCCCGGGAUCCCCGCGAUUUUUCCGCUCGUCGUCGACCGACGCUGGAUUGGAAUGCGCGAGCGAGUCCUGCGGACGCAGUACACACUUAUACACACGCACACAAGCAAACCCACAUAUAUACGCACGUGCACGCAUAUAUUUGCGACGAUGCGCCGACCGAGUCCAUGUCCAUCUGUUUGGCCGUUGAGAGGAUGCUUCGUCCCGUAACCGCGUCACCGGCGUGACUCGAGGAGGAAUCGAGGUCGCUGCUCUGGGGGGGAAGCAGCUAGCGCGGGGAGGGGGGGAACAACGCGGCAGGGUCCGGAUCUACCGGGACCAGGUUGAAUGCGAGACCGAGGAUCAUCGGGGAUCGUCGACGACACGGCCUCGUUCCGCUCUCGCGAGGCGAGAGGAUCUCCUUCUCUCUCUCUCUCUCGAGCUUGGGUGAAAAACAAAAUAUAACGAGAGUCGCGUGACACGCACAAGACCUCGACGACGGGAGGAGGAGCAGGGAGUGGGUGCGCGAUCGUGUGCGACCGAGUUCUCGCUGUCGGUGAACGUCGAGUGUAAAUAAUAUACCCUGGAGGAAAAUGUGUAAUGUCAGAGUGAUACAACGUAGAGACAUAGGUGGCCAAUAUAGAGCAAUCGAGUAUAACAGACUCUUGUGUAUCUCGCUUAGUUGAUGUACGGAACACUGUCUUAGAUACUUGUCUAGCCCUUUUAUCGCAUAUCCUUAGUCUCGCUCUGUCGAAAAAUAUCCAGUGUUCAUAGAAGCGCGAAAUUUCAUGAGGCCGAAGGUGCCUCAAAAGAGGGGAAACUUUCUUUUGAGAAGGUACAGCGUUCUACGAUUGACUGCAACGAACAAUGAACCAUUCGGGAAGCGGAAAACGUCAGGCGAAGGUUCUGGAAGAAAAUUAUUGGGACUGCAGUGUCUGCACUUUUAGGAAUACAGCGGAAGCAUUUAAGUGCCUCAUGUGUGACGUCCGCAAAGGAACCUCUACGCGGAAACCCCGCAUAAACCCCCAAUUAGUAGCUCAACAGGUUGCACAGCAACAAUAUGUGCCACUUUUGAAACCAGGCAAGAAGGAAGGGAGCGGUGGUGGCGGUGGUGGUAGCACGACCAGCGGUGUCAAGGAAAAGGAACGCAAGAUGGACAAGCCGAGGCGCAAGAACAGGCAUCCGCCACGUCUGAAAAAUAUCGACCGCAGUACCGCGCAAACGAACGAGGUGACAGUCAACAAUGUGACCGUUACUAUCACAGAGUACAAGCCCAAGGUGAAGAAGGGCUCGGACCAAUCGAGCAACGCGAGCUCCGAGGGCGGGAGCCAACACGAUUCCAGUCAGGACUCGAGAAACCUCGAUGUAGGAACCGACGCCUAGUUCAAUGUGCUAAUGUUACAUAUGUGUGUACGAAUUAUUCUAAUUAAUACACUGUACGACGUAUGUAUGUCUUUAUUUGGUCAACCGUCGUCAUCUUCUAGACCAAAAAGCGACCAUUGUUGACUCUCGCUCAUUUGUCACUUAUGCAUCGUCGGAUUAUCUGAUGAACCCAAUGAGGUCAGACAUUUUAUGCUAUCAAUGGGGAAUAUUAUUGACUACACGCAUGAUUUGUAUAUCGCCAGUUUAACAGUGAAAGGAAAAGAAUAUGCAGGGUGAACCAAAAGUCUGGAUACAGUCGAAUAUUUCGUAUAGAAUUCAUUUUAGAACAAAAUGCUUUAGACAAAAGUUGUAAGGAUUAAAAGGAUGUAUUUAACUGUAAUAUCCAUUUGACAUUAAGUGGCGUGGCCAAGGUCAGAGCUAGGUCAACUUGAAUUUUUUUAAUGGAAUCCCCUAUUUUUCAUUGCAUAUUCUUGUAGCUUACCUCGAGAGCUUUCCAAAACACUAUAAUAAAUUAUUUUUUCUUCAAGUACUUUUUGAGUUAUAUACAUCACACAGUUAAAUACAUCUUUUUAAUCCUUACAACUUUUGUUCUAAGAUGCAUUAUAUACGAGAUAUUCGACUGUAUCCAGACUUUUGGUCCACCCUGUAUAUUGUAUUGUAUAUCGCAUCGGUUUGAUUGUUGGCGCGAAGUGGACGGAUUGAAUAAUUCGCAUCGUCAGCAGGAAAAUUGUACUUAAAAGCGCUUACUUUACCAAUAUCAAUUUUCUAUUCUUUAAUAUUUAUUAAACUUAUUUAGCAUCUCUAUCAAUAUGGCAUAGAUUUUAGAUUUAUAAAUGUGUAAAAAGGGAAAGCAAAUUGUAAAUAUCUGAUGCAACUUGCCAAUCAAACAUGAAAUUUUACCAGCCAUUGUUGACAUAAUAAUGUCCUCGACUGUCAUUGAAUUUUUACGAGACCACUGCCAGAAAGCGUGUCGUGUUAUAUUCGAAAUUCGUUAACGAACCUAACGAUACAAUCAAUGAUUACGUAUUAAUUUUGCUUGCGAUAAUUACCAGCGUUACUGGCACUGGUAUAUAUAUAUAUAUCUUUUACCCUAUUCCAGUUUAUCUGCGAGAUAAAUUUCCCUCGAAUGCAUAUAUUUUAUCCAGUUCCCUUGAUUAAUUUUUUAAUUGUACUUUUCCUUUCGCGCAGUUGAAUUCGCUAGAAGUUGAUUAUGUUUGAAAAUGUUAAAUGUUUUUGAAAACAUUUAACGUUUCUGAAAAUGUACAGAUUUAAUAUCAAUUUUCAACAGUGUAAUAUAUACUCGUAUCUCGUACUGAAUAUUUAAAAAAAAACGACGCUUCCUGAGAAAAUCUUAUUUCUAGCAAAUAAGCGAAAGAUGUAAAAUAAAAAUUGUAUCGCGUUAUAUCCAUUAUUUAAAAGUGUGGAUAUAUGUGCGCAUGAUAUAAAAAGAAUAUUCAACAUCAUUUGUGUAACUGCCGGAAAAAGAAAUCGACAGAUCUUGUUAUAUUUAUUCAAAAUUGAAUUACACUUGCUCAAGUAGCAAGUCCAAUUACCAUGGGAAAAAAGUUUACAGUCUAAAAUUAUUAAAAAAUAAAUAAAUAAUAAUUUAAAAAAAUAAAAAUAAUAAUUGAAAAAUAAAAAUAAAAUUAUUAUUGAAAAAUAAAAAUAAUAAUUUUAUUAUUAUAAAAUAGAAAGGGAAGAGUUGUGUAAGAGAAAAUUGUUAAUAUUAUUAAUUAUGCCACCGUGAUCAUUGUAAUACAAUUCUGCAUUAAGAAAUGAAAGUAACUAUAGGACUUUGUCAGUAUCAGACUAAGAGAUAUAAUUAAUAGACGAAUUUGAAAAUUGUAUAUACUCGAAUGACGAAUAAUAUCACCUAAAGACG